AAAUUCCUAGCCGGUUUAAGUUUAAACCGGUUCUGCACUCUGUACUCUUCGGCCUUCGCCCACUUCCAGUAGAACACUGCUUAACGAGCUUCGUCAGAUCUAUUUCUCACUGGAAGAGUGAAAAUUCAACAACUCCUCGCCAUUAGCCAUGGCGAUUAGAGCUUUUCUUCUCCUACUAAUCUUAUUCUCUUCGUCUUAUUAUGCCGUCGCUCUUUAUGAAGAUCAAGUUGGCCUCAUGGACUGGCAUCAACAAUACAUUGGAAAAGUGAAAAACGCAGUUUUUCAAACCCAGAAGGCUGGUAGGAAGCGUGUUGUAGUAUCUACCGAAGAGAAUGUCAUUGCUUCGCUGGAUCUUCGCCACGGCGAGAUUUUUUGGAGGCAUGUUUUGGGGGACAAUGACACCAUUGAUGCGAUUGAUAUCUCCAUGGGAAAAUAUGUUAUCACCCUAUCAUCAGGGGGAAGCAUUUUAAGAGCUUGGAACCUUCCUGAUGGCCAGAUGGUGUGGGAGUCGUUCCUUCGUGGAUUAAAGCCCUCCAGGUCAUUGUUAUUGACUCCAACGAACUUGAAAGCUGACAAGGACAAUGUGAUUCUUGUGUAUGGCAAUGGCUACCUGCAUUAUCUUUCGAGCAUUGAUGGUGACAUUCUCUGGAAGAUGGAUUUAUCACAUAAAGGCGUUGACAUUCAACAUUUGAUUCAUCCGGAAGGAAGUGAGACAAUAUAUGCUAUAGGAGUGAGUGAUUUGUCCCAGUUUGAAGCAUAUAUAAUCAAUGCUAGGAGUGGUGAACUGCUGAAGCACAGCAGUAUGUCAUUUCCUGGUGGAUUUUCCGGUGAUAUAUCUCUGGUCGCAAGUGACAAAGCUGUGGUGCUGGACUCUUCUGGGUCAAUUUUAGUCUCUAUAAGCUUCAUUGAGGGAGAAAUAAAAUUUCAGCCGGUGAACAUUGCCAAUCUUGUUCAGCACAUCUCAGGCUCGGCAGUGCUAUUGCCUUCUAAACUUGCAGGAAUGGUCGCUGUGAAAAUUGGGAAAUCUUUGUCAUUCAUCAAAGUUACCAAUGAAGGCAGAUUGGAGGCGGUAGAUACAAUUCCUCAUGUUGAAGCUGUAAGUGAUUCUUUGCCUUUUUCAGAAGGCCAAAGCGGUUUUGGGCUGAUUCAGCAUGAUGGUACCAAGAUUCAUCUCACAUUAAAGACUGGUAAUGAUUGGAAGAGCCAUUUACUUAAAGAAAGUUUCAAAAUAGACCAACAUAGGGGACUUGUCCAUAAGGUUUUCAUCAACAACUAUAUCCGGACAGACCGAACAUAUGGAUUUAGGGCUUUGAUUGUCAUGGAAGACCAUUCACUGCUAUUGAUGCAGCAGAGUGAGAUUGUUUGGAAUAGAGAAGAUGGACUUGCAUCUAUUAUAGAUGUUACAACCUCAGAAUUGCCUGUAGAGAAGGAUGGGGUCUCUGUCGCAAAAGUGGAGCAUAGCCUCUUUGAAUGGCUCAAGGGACAUCUGCUGAAACUUAAAGGGACCCUAAUGCUUGCCACCCCUGAUGAUAUAGCAGUGAUUCAGAGACUGAGGUUACAAAGUGCUGAGAAAAGCAAGAUGACUCGAGACCACAAUGGGUUUAGGAAGCUACUCAUUGUACUUACGCGAGCAGGAAAACUUUUUGCUAUUCACACAGGAGAUGGGAGAAUUGUUUGGUCUCUCUUACUGAAUGCUUUUCGUAAAUCAGUGACAUGUGAAAAUCCCAGGGGGCUCAAGAUACAUCAGUGGCAGGUGCCCCAUCAUCAUGCAUUAGAUGAGAACCCAUCAGUCCUUGUGGUUGGCACUUGUGGACUUAAUUCAGAUGCAUCUGGAAUUCUCUCUUUUGUUGAUGCUUACAAAGGAGUGGAGCUUAAUUACAUAGCACCUCAUCAUUCUAUUUCACAAGUUAUUCCACUGCCAUUUACGGAUUCCAUCGAGCAGCGCCUGCAUCUGCUAAUAGAUGCUGAGGGGUAUGGCCACCUGUAUCCCAAAAAUCCUGAGGCAAUUAGCAUUUUUCAGGAGGAGUUGGGAAACAUAUAUUGGUACUCAGUUGAAGUAAAUAGUAAUGUCUUAAGGGGACAUGUGGUGAAGAAGAAUUGCGUACCUGAGAUAGGUGAUGACUAUCGUUUUGAAUCCAGUGACCUUUGGUCUGUUGUAUUCCCCUCGGAUUCAGAAAAGAUCAUUGCAACAUCAACAAGAAAACUAAGUGAGGUGGUUCAUACACAAGCUAAGGUAACAUCGGACCAGGAUGUGUCGUACAAAUAUAUAUCUAAGAAUCUUCUGUUUGUGGCCACUGUUACACCCAAAUCUACUGGUGAGAUUGGCUCAGUAAUUCCAGAAGAUUCCUGGCUGUUUGUUUAUCUUGUUGACACGAUAACUGGCCGUGUACUGCACCGGAUGUCUCAUCAUGGCUCGCAGGGACCUGUCCAUGCAGUCUUUAGUGAGAAUUGGGUUGUCUACCACUACUUCAAUCUACGAGCACAUAGAUAUGAAAUGUCUGUCAUUGAGAUCUAUGAUCAGUCUCGAGCGGACAACAAAGAUGUGUUGAAGCUUGUGUUGGGAAAGCAUAAUCUCACAGCAGCUCUCUCUUCCUACUCACGUCCUGAAGUGAUAACUAAAUCUCAAUCGUACUUUUUCCCACACUCUGUGAAAACAAUGGCAGUGACGGCAACAGCAAAAGGCAUUACUUCCAGGCAGCUGCUUAUUGGUACAAUUGGGGAUCAGGUUUUGGCACUUGACAAGCGUUAUCUAGAUCCUCGAAGAACAGUGAACCCUACUCAAGCUGAAAAAGAGGAAGGGAUUAUACCUCUUACCGACACAUUGCCAAUUAUGCCACAGGCUUAUGUCACACAUGCCCUUAAAGUGGAAGGCCUUAGAAACAUAAUAACUGUACCAGCAAAGCUGGAGUCGACCACCCUUGUCUUUGCUCAUGGAGUGGAUCUCUUUUUCACUCGGCUCGCUCCUUCAAGAACCUAUGACUCUCUUACUGAAGAUUUCAGUUAUGCUUUGCUUCUCAUCACGAUAGUUGCCCUUGUUAUAGCAAUUUUUGUAACAUGGAUUUGGUCUGAGAGGAAAGAGUUAGAGGAGAAGUGGCGGUAACUCAAGUCCAUAUGCUACCCCACUGUCUUCUGCCCUGUAAUUUUUAAGUCCUAACCUUUUCUUGUUGCUUAUUUCAUCAUAGAUAUAGAUAGGAAGUUAGGGGUAGGCUGUUUAUCUGUUAUUUAUCAGGUAAAGAUAAUUUGUAACAGAAACCUAUCUUUACACAUAACUAGGUUGUCAGCAGUGCCAUUUUGUGAUGACAAGCACGUGGUUGACAUAGAAACUCUUUCUUGUAUGGCAUGAUGAAGCUAAAGGGCUUUGCAUUUUGUUAAAUGCUUUUGCAAAGACUCAAACUUAGUCGACUA